AUGGCAAGCACAAGAAAGGUAACAAUGAACUAUGUGGGAAACACUCGCAACACAAUAGAGUUAAGGAUAGAGGAUGAAACACACACACUGGGGAACCUUCUGUCCGAGGAGCUGCUGGAGGACAAGAGAUGCUUGUUUAGUGCAUACAGGGUUGAACAUCCUGCAGACACCCACGUCUUCCUACGCCUCACGGCAGAUAGGGAUUGCCAGGUGAGGGAUCUACUCCUCGAAACGCUCAAAAGAGUCGAAGAAGAAACCACGUCACUGAUGAACCAGCUGAAAGGAUUUUGA